AUGACACACCAGUCGCAGGUAUUCCGCCCUCGUCAGCCCUCCACGCCCAGCAUCCCAGCAACGGAAAAAGGCGCAGUGCGGGGCCAGGUAACUUGCUUUAUAUGUAAUAAACGGGGACACAGGGCAUGGGAAUGUUAUUUCAGGCCACCGAAUGUUCGAGGAAAAACGAGCAGACCACAGCCGCGGAAGGAAGAUGCAGCCGCCCAAGUAAGCAGUGUUGUAAUUGCACCAGAAAAUAGUGUAAAAUGGAAUCAAGGAGAAGCAAAGGAGAGUGAAAGGAAAGCUGUAGAUGGAGAGGAAUUGUGUGGAGGAACUCUAGCUAAAGGUAAGGAGAAGUUGAAGACUGCUAGAGGAGAAGUUGAAGGAAGAAAAGCCGUAGUACUGAGGAACACAGGGUGUUCAACAGUGUUGGUAAGGAGAAGUCUGGUUCCGUCGUCUAAAUUGACUGGUAAGGAAGUGGGCAUAAUGAUGGCAAAUUCUAAAAUUUAUUACUACCCUGAAGCAGUAAUUGAUGUCAAAACCCCCUAUUAUACUGGGAGGGUGAAUGCCGUAUGUCUACCACAGCCCCUGUAUGACUUGAUAAUCGGGGAAAUACCAGGAGCAAGUACAGGUGAGGACGACGCACGAACGGAAGAGUGUGGAGUGAUGACGAGAAUGCAGACCAGAUUCGAGAGUGAAUGUAAAAGGAAGACGCCAGUGUUGAAGAUAGCAGAGGUUACGAAAAUGAUGAACACGAAUAUACAGAAAACUCAAGAGGAGGAUAAAAGUUUGGAUGGAAUUCGGAUAUACGUACAAAAAGGUAAAGUUUUUAAAAGGAUGAAAAAUAAUGAAAUAUCUAAAUUCGUUUUGAAAAGAGGACUGCUGUACAGGCAUGUGAAGACGGGAAAACGACAACGGGAUCAACUCAUUGUUCCUCAGGCGUGUCGCCAAGCUAUCCUGGAGCUGGCCCAUUCAGGCAUUAUGGGAGGCCAUUUAGGCACAAGCAAAACUAAAGAUAGAAUACUUGCGCAUUUCUUUUGGCCAGGUGUUACCGUCGCUGUAACUCGCUACUGCAGAUCAUGCGACAUGUGUCAACGGACGGUGGAUAAGGGGAAGGUGAGCAAGGUCAGACUGGGUGACAUGCCGCUCAUUGGUGAACCAUUUUCUCGCAUGGCCGUAGACCUGGUGGGGCCGCUUGAGCCACGAUCUUCAAAUGGCUCUUGGUACAUCCUGACGGCAGUGGAUUAUGCUACGCGGUACCCCGAGGCUGUCGCUCUUCCAAGCAUUGACACACCCACAGUAGCAGAGGCCUUGGUUACAGUCUUCAGCAGGGUAGGUGUGCCUAGAGAGAUUUUAUCUGACAGGGGGACACAGUUUACCUCUGACAUAAUGAAAGAAGUAUAUCGCUUACUUUCCAUUCAGUCUUUGACCACUACACCAUACCAUGCUAUGUGCAAUGGUCUUGUUGAAAAAUUUAACGGGACACUAAAGAAAAUGCUUAAAAGGAUGUGUGUUGAGCAGCCCAAGGAAUGGCACCGCUACUUGGCGCCCCUUCUAUUUGCUUACCGCCAAGUACCCCAGGCCAGCACGGGAUUCUCGCCCUUCGAGCCGAUUUACGGACACACUGUAAGAGGACCGCUAACACUGCUGCGUGAGUUAUGGGACGGCAGUCCGGUUGAUGAUGAGGUAAAGUCUGCAUAUGAGUAUGUAAUUAAUCUACGAGAAAGGUUGGAAAAUACAUGUAGAAUGGCUUUAACAGAAUUAAAACAGGCGCAGGAGGUAGCCCAGCACUACUACGACCAGAAAACCAAAGACCGAAAUAUUGUGGUUGGCGAUGACGUCUUGCUACUGUUGCCUACCAAUACCAACAAGCUGUUGUUCCAGUGGAAGGGACCGUUCAGAGUCUUAGGCAGCCCUAGCAAAUGGAACAAGGUGGUGGGUGUAAACGGGACUCCGAGAAAAUAUCACGUUAACAUGUUGAAGCGUUACGUGUACCGCGAAGGCGAAAAGAAAACGGAGAAAACCGCCGUCGCCGUGGUGGCGUCCGACGCUGUGCAAGGUAAAUUAAUUACAAUUCCCAGUUAUCACCAGCAGGAGACGUGGAAAGACGUACAUUGCAAUAUUAAUUUGCCAGACGCUCAGCAAGAAGAUCUACAGGAAAUUUUACGCAAGUAUGAAACGGUAUUAACGGAUGUUCCAGGUAAAACUAACGUGACUGAAUACAAAAUUGAGGUGACGGUGCCCGACACGAUUAGAGUAAAACCUUACCCUAUUCCUUACAGCUUAGAGGAUGUGAACCCAUGUGUGAACCAGAAUCCAUAUUUUGCAGGCUAA